AUGGUUUCGCAAGAUGACACCGUUCAAAUUCCCAGCGCCCUUCAUAUCAAAAUGAUCGAAAAUCUGGAUGUCGAAGAAGUAUAUCGCUACUUCAGCCACUAUCGCCAGUACUUGCCCGAGCAAUCCCAGGAUGAAAAUGAUUUUAGCGAAGCCGCUUUCCGGGAGUUACGACAAUUUUUCCGCACUCGCCAUGCAGCAUUUUUGAAGCGCAAGGAAAAGGAGUUGGGUGAUGCCUUAGCGCAAACGAAGCUUCACUAUGAUAAACUGAUACUGCUAGAUGUGGAGUGCACAUGCGACAAGACGAACAUCAUGUUCACCUACCCGCUAGAAGUCAUCGAAUUCUCCGCUGUCGUUCUUGACCUAUACAAUUUGGACGACCCAAAUCCACUGCAGUUUCAAGCAUACGUCCGGCCAACGCUCAACCCGAUCCUCAGCGAGUUUUGCGUAAAGUUGACAAAAAUUGAGCAAGCUACGGUUGAUGCAGCCCCGCCAUUUUCGACGGCCAUGUGCCGUUUUAUGGAAUGGAUGAAGCUCAACGAUCUACUCACCAAUCGAUCUGCUUUUGGCACAGACGGACCUGGCGAUUUCGCCAAAUUCCUUCAAUAUGCUUGCCACAGCCAUCAGAUCGACUUCCCCUACAUUCUCCGCCGCUUCAUCAACGUCAAAUCCCAUUUUGAGGCCAAGUACCCAACCUACAUCCAAAAGGGGAUCCGCUUCAAGGAAACUGACAUGCCGUACACUUCAUUGAUGCAAAUGUUGAAAUUCUACGAGCUGCCGGACAUUGCGAACGCACACUCGGCUCUAGCGGACGCAAAAGCGAUUCGAUUAUUGGCGAGGGAGAUGCUGAGGGACAAAAUUGCGCUGACGAUCAAUCAAAAGAUUGUGCAGAAGACGUCGGAGGAUCAGUUGCAAUAUCAGACAAAACUUGAUAGAGCGCAGGAGAGCUUCAGCGCGGAGCACUUUUUGUGGUGUACCGCCAUGCCUUUCCAUGCCGUCUACCUGAGCGAUGAGGCUUUCUACAACCAGGAACAGUACGAAUUCGAGGGCCAAGAGGAUGAGGCAGUCGAUCGGUGGGCGGCCCGGAAUAAAAAGGACAUUCGACUACCCAGCAUCUCGUGUUUUCCUGACAGUGAUUUCAAAGUGUUGCGUACAUUCCAUGCUGAUGACGUGCUAGGCGGUGAUUUCUCGGCCAUGCUCCAUGCAGAAACA